AUGUUAAUGAUAUUUACACAAGCAUUUAGCUGUACAUCGAUUUAUGGCAAAAACGUUUGUGUCUCGUCGUUAGUAAGACAAGACACAGAUAUCUGCCCUCACGCGAAGAUAAUGUCACGUCCCUUCAUAAUCGACUUUUAUUUGGUCAUUAGGCGUCCAAACUUCUACAAUUUGUAAAACUUUUCAGAUCUACAUACCAGUAAAAUUACAAUCAAUUUGCAAGUGCCAUUGAUGGCAAGGCAACAGUCAAUGAUAAGAACUGCCUACUGACGUCAUUUGCAUAGAAAAUAUUUUCUACUACUUGUGGAGGCAAAUGUUUAUGUAAACUACAAAGGUUUUAAUAAAGACAUUAGUCACGCUUUUUUACCAUAUUGGGUCAAAUCCUUGAAUUGAUAAAGGAAAUUCAUAGUCAGAUUAAAAGUAAAGGUUUUUACAGAUUUUAAAUGCUGGAUAAAGAAAGAUUUCAAAAUGGCUACAUUAAAAGCAAAUGAUAUUUAUAACACAAGCGCUUUGUAUCGUUCUCGGUCUGUUCCCGAGAAUAUAUCUGGUGAACAUGCUACAAAACAAUCUUUUAAUGUUAUCAAAGAUUUCCUAUCGAAUAUAGGGAAUUGGCGAGCAAACAAACACAAGAAAAUCAAAAAGCCUGAAAAUAAGAGAAGCAUUACCAUUGAUGGCGGCGAGGAAUUUAACGUACAAGAUGUUAAGAGAGUUAAGGACACUCACAAGCGCCUAGAAGGAGGCGGACAUGUUUUUGUCCCUCAUUCUGUGCAUUACAUUACUUGGUGCGAUUUAUGCGGUGAAACUAUCUGGGGUUUUGUCAAACGAGGUGUGCGUUGUCGAAGAUGUAAUUAUACCUGUCAUUAUCGAUGUAAAGAUGAAGUUGUUUUGGAAUGUGAUGGAGGGCUUAUUCGAGAUGCCAAAGAAAUGACACGUGAGGAGAUUACUUUAAAAACUCUCGAGAUACUGAGUCAGGGAAAAGUAAAGAAAAAUGCUCCUGCAGUUUUACCCACUGAUCUGUCGGCUGAUAAAUUACUUUUGAUGAUUGAGGACUUUAAUAAAAGUAGCCAGGGCUUAAUAAUGACUACGGCAAGCAAUGUAGCAAACGAUGGAAUAUUUGAAGGUUUUAUACGAGUUGCAAUGAAUCUUUUACGACCAAUUAAUAUUGUUGCUGGUGAGAGGCCAUUAUCUAUUUUUGAGACAGUUUCUUGGCGACGAGAGGGUAGUUCAACUUCUUCAAAGCGAACAAAAACAUCAUUUUUCUUGCCACCCAACACGAUGAAAGCUCUACAUAUAACUAGUGAAACCACAGCUGCCCAGGUCAUUGUUGAUCUCCUGAAGAAGUACAAAAUCUCUGAUCACCCAAGAAAGUUUGCUUUGUACGAAAGAUAUCAAGAUGAUGACAAUGUGACGUUACGAAGGAUAACAGACAACGAACGACCGUUGGUGUUGCGUUUAAUUUGGGGUGGAGCAGAUAGAAGUCAUUCGUUUGUUUUACAAGAAAACGAAACUGGCGACAUCAUGUGGGAAGCUUUCUCUAUACCUGAACUUCAAAAUUUUAUUCGUAUUUUGGAAAUGGAAGAAAAGGAAUACAUUAAGCGGGUAUUCACAAAAUAUCGUGUUUAUCGUGAUCAACUUGAAGAAGUAAUGGCUGAGAGGAAAGCAAAAUCAACAACAAACUUUGGCAAAAAUGGAGAAGUUUGUGGUAUAGAGUUUAUUGGGGUAAAGCCAAAAGUAAGAUGAUUUCCAGACUUUGAGGAGCCUGUGUUGGACACUUGAUGAAUGACUGAAGGAUGCACCAUCUCCUGUGGUGGUUUAGGAGCAAGAAGUUUCUGAACUUUUGGUGAAGAUUUUACCUUAGAUGUUUUGCUUGAUCUUUCACUUGUUGACAUAUUUUCCUUAGUGAUAACUUUGGGUGAAGACAAAUUAAACAUUGUGUUCUUCUGAUUUGUUGUCAA